CGCCUUCUGGAUAAGCAUGUUGCCCGAUUCUGGUGGGGAAUAAGUGACAACCAUUCGAAAGUUCGGUAGAUGUCCUGGAGGGACAUGUGCCGGAGUAAGCAUGGUGGGGGGAUGGGAUUUCGACGUUUUGAACAUUUUAAUCAGGCCCUCCUGGCUAAAAUUGGGUGGCGCAUCCUUAGUGAGUCCCAGUCGCUUCUUGCCCAAGUUUACAAAGGGAAGUAUUUCCCGCAUGGACACUUCCUAAAUGCUAAGGCUCGAUCUCGUCCCUCGUGGGGAUGGCAAAGCAUCCUGUUUGGGCGGCGGCUGUUAAAGAUGGGCUUACAAUGGAAAAUUGGGAAUGGUCGUGCACCGUCCAUGCUUCACUCCACUCGGGUUCCCCAAAACUAGUUUAUGCCUCUCUGGUAUAACCCGCGGAUUCUGCCAGCGGGGGGAGACCCUCCGGUUGCUGAGUUGAUUUGUCAAGGGGAGGGUCGCUGGUGUGACCUCAAACUUAGCCAAUGGUUUGACCCUGCUACUUGUCGUAAUAUUAAGGCUAUUCCUCUUCCGCUGGCAAAUGUGGAGGAUAGGCUCAUCUGGCAUGAUACGGCUAACGGUGACUUUUCGGUUAAAUUUGCGUACCACUUGGUUGUCACCCUAGAUAAGAGAAGGGGUCGGUGGAAAGCUAAGGUAGAUUGGAUGGAUCGUACCAGUUGGAUCCGCCUUUGGGAGGCUAAUAUACCGCCAAAAUUAAAGGUAUUUGUUUGGCAAGUCUUCAACAAGAUCCUCCCUACAACGGAAGUAUUAAUUGAGAGAAAGAUCCUGGUUCAUCCUCGCUGUCCGAUGUGCUGGGAGUGUGCGGAAAUUAUGGAACAUUUGUUCCUGGAUUGCCCGGUAGCCCGAUCCCUUUGGGGAGCAACUGGGCUGGAACAUCUAGGGGAGGGGUUGCCCGUCACAUAUUCCCUCUAUUUCUCAAAAAGUUAAUGGCGUUAAUCCAGCAACCUACUCUGUUUAUGGCUAUUGUGACCAUCCUCUGGCAAAUCUGGAGAUCUCGCAAUUAGGUGGUCUUUGAGGGUAAACAGUAUAGGGUCCCUACUUUGAUGCGCCAGUUUACGCAGCCGUAUGAGGAAUGGGUGCGACUCCCGGUAGAUAAGCCUUUCCAGGCCCCCGCCGCUGCAGACCACCAACCAGAUCAUGUAGGGUUGCCAGUGGUUAUCUGUGGAUGGGAUGGGGCUACCAGAAGGGGUUCGCAUUCAGCAGGAGGUGUGGUGCUUAUGACCCCUAAUCGAGAUAUCCUUAUGGCUACUGGGGUGCAGUUUCCGGUCAUUGAUGACCCUCUUGUGGUGGAAUUGCUUGUCCUGCGUGAGGCAGUCCUUUGGUGCAUGGGCCACAUAUUAUAUAACGUGGGGUUUGAAGGGGAUGCCAAGGUGGUCAUUGAUAAAAUCAAGCGGGUUGAUACAAGGGAUAGCAGGCUAGGUGCUAUACUAGAGGAGGUGCUACAUUAUUUUGCCUGCAAUCCUGGGUUUAGUGUUCGAUUUAUAGGUCGGCGUAGCAAUAGGCUAGCCCACAUGGUGGCUAGAAAGGCCCUCUCUUUGUACCCGACUAUGAGUCGUUAUUUUGAUUUUCAUGCCUGGUUGAUCUCCAAGGUGUAACUGUCUAUCUUUUUUUUAUCUAAUGCAAGAUUAUCUUUUGUAAAAAAAAAUGCAUAUAAUUGAAUAUUUAUUGUAAAUAUUAGGGGUGAAAAAUAAUUUAAAAGUGAGAAGAUACAAGUAGCAUUAUCUACACAAUAAAUAAAAGUCAUAUGAGAAAACUUGAAGCCCCAUUUCAAAUUUCCUACAUCCAGAGUGAAAGUAGGAAUGGUAGAUUCGUCUUCACAAUCACUUAUUAUUUUCUUAUUUACAGAAAAAAUACAUCAGUAAUGAGAUUUGAACCGUGGUCUCUUCAAACAAAGAUAAGAAACAUAACCAGUUACAAUAAACACAUUUGUGUGAUAUUUUUCAAAUAAAAACAUACAGAAGCAUAAAUAUGAAAAUAUAAGACUUUUCCACCACGGUUAGCAACCGAAAUGUCAUUGAUUCAAAUAUUGCAUAUAUUGAAUUGGACUCUUGAAUGUGUAGAAGCGAUGUAGAAUUCUUAACAUAGGCUUAAUUGUUAUAACUAUCAUAAAGUAACGAUAUUUUUAAACACAGAACUUUUGAGUGAAUAUGGGGGCACAUGUGUCUUUAAGAGAGGGGUAAAUAUGAAAAGGUUGAGUGAUGUUGGUUUGCCAAACGCGGAUGAAAAAGACACUACUAAUGUAAACGGGUCCAAAUAGUGCCCCGACCCACUAAACGCUCAACCAUCACCGUUUCUCCAAACUUCUCAUCAGACUCAACAACCGGCUAACCUUCUCUACCUCUAUUGUUAAGCCAGAGCAAUUUUUGGAGGGGUAAAUAUGAAAAGAUUGAGUGUUGUUGGUUUGCCUAACGCAAAUGGAAAAUGUGCUACUAAUGUAAACAUACCUAAAUAGUUUCCGACCCACUAUACACUCAACCACCAGGUUACUUUCGCUACACCUUGUAAAAGAGUGAAAUAGGAAAUGUGCUUCCCCCAUUACAAAAUCUCAGCAUCCAUAGCAAAAGUAGGAAGGGUAGAUUCGUCUUCACAAUCAUUUAUUAUUUUCUUAUUCACAGGAAAAAUACAUAAGUGAUUGGAUUUGAAUUUUGUCUCUUUGAGAAAAGACAAGAAACAUAAUCAGUUACACUAAACAAAUUUGUUUAAACUUUUUUAAAUUAAACAUACAGGAAGCUUAAAUCUGAAAAAUCAUUGGAAUUUUACUUAACAGUUAGCUAAGCCACUAACUCUCCCCUAAAUAUUUUUUUGGUAUUUGAUACUUCUAUUUUCAUACUUUGAUUAUUUUAAUUCGAGUUUAACAAUUAAUUAUAUCUCUCUUUAUCUUAUAAAAGGAGAAUAAUUUUCAAAUCGCAAAACUAAUGUCAUUGGUGCAAAUAUUGCACAUCAGACUUAAAUAAUAUAAUUACCAAAAAACAGCAAUAUUUUUGAACAUAGAAGUUUUGAGUUAAUAUGUGGCACAUGUGUCUUUAAGAGAGGGGUAAAUAUGGAAAGGUUAAGUGAUGUUGGUUUGUCGAAUGCGGAUUGAAAAGCCGCAACUAAUGUAAAUAGGUCUAAAUGGUGUCCCGACCUACGUACUGAACGAUCAACCAUCGUCGUCUCUCCAAACCUUCCCAUCGGACUCGACAACCGCCUAACCUCCUCCACCUAUAUUGUUAAGCAAAGCAAUUUUCGAAGGGGUAUAUAUGGAAAGAUUGAGUGUUCUUGCUUGGUGAGCUGACUGGAGGGUUAUUUAGUUUCUUUGACAGUAAUGUGUGAUCUCUUAACAUCAGUUCAUUUGGUUUUCUUCUAGGUUGACUUUUGAGUUUAUUAAAGAUAAACAGUGUUCUGGGCUCCCGUCCUUCUAAAGGCUCAACCAUCACUGUCUCUCCAAACCUUCCCAUCGGACUCGACAACUGCCUAUCCUCCUCCACCUAUAAUGUUACACAAAAGAAUUUUUGGAGGGAUAUAUAUAUGUAAAGGUUGAGUGUUCUUGCUUGGAGAGCUGACUGAUGGGUUAUUUAGUUUCUUUGAUAGUAAUGUAUGAUCUAUUAACAGCUGUUAAUUUGUUUGAUCUUCUAGGUUGACUUUUUAGCUGAUUAAAGAUAAAUAACUAUACUUUUUGUUGCUCUUGUUAUGAUACUCCUUUUCAGUAUCAUCAUUUUUCUGAUUUGAAAUAUUUUGGUGGUUAGUUUCCAGUAAACAAAGACUAUUCUGAUUAGUGUUAACAUAGGGAAUAGCUUCAAUCAUACCACUUUUACACAAAAUUUUUAUGUAAGAGCUGAGAUCAUUGCCGAAUUGAACUAUUCAAACUAUAAUGUUGAUCUUCAACAUAUAAAACAUAGUUUAUUUUGAGUGAAACAACCUCAUGAUUGCAGAUAAGUUUUUACAAUAUGAUGUUUUGUGAUAGUGUUUACUUGCUUCCAGAUUUAAAAGUGGGGUUCUAAUUACUACAAUCUACACAUAAUAUAAUAGCAAGAAGGACAAAACCAUUCCCUCAUUUCAAAUUUCCUGCUCCAUGAGCGUUUGUAGGAAGAGUAUAAUAGGGAGUGUCAAUUUUUUUCUCUUUCCUCUGUGGAACGAGCCAACUUACCGUACACGUGCGGACUUGAACUGGCCCAGGGAUUGUUGCAGCCCACAAAAACAGAACAGGUUCCAGCCACGGUCGCAUCUGUUUCAUCCUCCAUAGCGAUCACCAUAACCGAGUCUUGGAUUGUUCCGAUGAUGGAUCUAGACUUCACCAACGCCGAGAAUAAAUGAGAUAAUUGGAGAAAGAGAGCUUCAUAAUUGUUUACAAAAUAAUUACCACAAUCCUUCUUCCGUGUGCUAAUCGCCUAAUCCCUUCCCUAUGAAAUGAAAUCCAAGCAUACUAAAAAGAUCCAGUCAUGCUCAUGAAGAAGGAUGAUAAAUUGCAUGCAAGUAAAAUUUAAAGAUUGAGUCAUUUAAUCAAAUCAUAAUCAACCACCCCUUUUUCCAUCAUUUGUAAGCUCUAACAGUUAAGUGACAAAGAAAUCCACAAUAUCGCUUCACUGUAACAAUACAAUAAAUUGAAGAUUGGUGGCUUUCUCUUCUUCUUCUUCUUUAAACUAGCGUCGAAGAUAUACAAAGAGGGGGUUUAAACAAGUGAUAAGAGAAUGGAAGAUUAAGAAAUAAAAAUAAAGACC